AUGGCCUUUAAGUUCAUUUUUGCCCUUGCUUUUGUCGCCGUUGCCAGUGCAGGUUAUGCUCCAGUUACCUAUCACACUGCUGCCGCUGCUCCCGUGGCAGUAGCUCAAAAAGUUUUAGUCAAAUCGGAAGAUUUUGAUCCUCAUCCUCAGUACAAAUUCAGUUAUGGUGUUGACGAUAAAUUAACCGGUGACUCCAAGAAUCAAAACGAGGAACGUGAUGGUGAUGCUGUACGUGGUGAAUACUCUUUGAUUGAUGCUGAUGGUUACAAACGUACUGUCAGUUAUACAGCCGAUGAUGCUAAUGGUUUCAAUGCUGUCGUUCAACGUGAACCUUUGGGUCAUGCUGUAGUGAAGACUGUAGCUCCCGUUGCCCACUAUGCUGCUCCAGCUGCAGUUGUUAAACAUGUUGCUCCUGUGGCUCAUUAUGCUGCUCCAGUGGCUCACUAUGCCGCUGCUCCAGCUACUGUUGUCAAACAUGUUGCUCCCGUGGCUCAUUAUGCUGCUCCAGCUGCUGUUGCUAAGACUGUGGCUCCCGUUGCUCACUAUGCUGCUCCCACUCAUUAUGCAUCUUAUGAAACUCCCACCUACGAAUACCAUCAUUAA